AGAGCUCACCUCACCAUCCAACCCCCACCAUACCCAACCACAACUCCACCAACAACGGGCAACAAUGCAAGAAAACAUCGCCAUCGCGGUGAUCAUCAUCGUCCUGUUCAUCAUCCUCGCCAUCGCGGGCUACGGCAUCCACACGAUGAGGAACCGCGUUACGCACCCGAAACGGCCCAUCGAUGAGGAGAGCGGGGAGGAAGGCGGGGGUGGGUGAUUCUUCACUCCCCCCCCCCCCCUCCUCACCAACUUCGGUUGGUGGGUUUUUCUCUCGGUUGAUGCUAUCGCGCACUCGCUGGAAAAGGUGUUUCUUGGAGUCGAGUCGAGUCAAGUUGAUCGUGAAUCUUCUGUGGUAUAUUUAUGCACCUGCUGGAUUGGGGCUUGGUUGUUUAUGUUGUUUGAAUGUGGUUAUGACUUAUGAUAUGAUGCAAUGGAUGAUGGGAUUAUGGUUGACUCUACGACGGGGGAGGGAUGAGCUGGAAGGCUUGAGGGGCUUGAGGAGGUGGGAGGUGUCCAUCUACAAGUGAGAGGGUUUGUUAUUGGUUUUUCCAUGGAUUUUGCUUGGGUUUCUUUCGAGGGCUUAGGAAGGGUGGACUGGUUUCGACCCUAGGUGUUCUGGUUUGGGGGAUUGUUUAUAUAUCACCGAGUAUGUUUUGAGCAUGUGUGUUGACGUAUCGAGG